UAUAGUGUGGUAUUUAAAUAUUACAAACAACACAUUACGUGCCUUAUAUUCGAUUAACUAAAAUACAAACAUAUGAAUUCCUAUAAAGUAGGAGUCAUAUGCCAAAAAGCUAUUGCAAAAUCAAGUUUGCUGUGUUUCCUGUGGCUAAAACUGAGGGAUGCAUAUUUUAUAUAUUAUAGAAUGCAUUGUGAUAGGUAUACGGGCUCGCUCCCGAGAUUACUGACGAGCCAGCGUGCGCGACCAAAAAUAUAAACAUUUGUUGCACAUGCGCUGAGAGCCGCCUGUGUCAUAGCAACCGGGGAGAGCAACAUGGCAAAAGCAACCACUAUAAAAGAAGCACUUGUAAAAUGGGAGGCGAACGCGGGGCAGAAAGUUGGUGAAGCAAAAGCAGUCAAACUCUACGGACAGAUCCCUCCUAUUGAAAAGAUGGAUGCAUCCUUGUCAACAUUGGUGACCUGCGAGAAGCUGUCACUCUCCACAAACUGCAUUGAAAAGAUUGCAAACCUCAACGGACUCAAAAAUCUACGAAUCUUGUCUUUAGGACGGAACAACAUAAAGAAUUUAAAUGGACUGGAGGCGGUGGGGGAGACCUUAGAGGAGCUUUGGAUUUCCUACAACCAGAUCGAGAAGCUGAAAGGGAUCCAUGUGAUGAAGAAGCUGAAGGUCCUCUACAUGUCCAACAACCUUGUCAAGGAUUGGGGUGAGUUUGUGAAGCUGGCAGACCUCCCUUCUCUGGCAGACCUGGUGUUUGUAGGAAACCCCAUAGAAGAGAAAUAUUCCAGCGAGGGCAGCUGGAUAGAAGAAGCAACCAAGAGACUUCCCAAAUUAAAGAAACUUGAUGGAAACCCAGUUAUCAAACAAGAUGACGAGGAAGGUGAAGGAGAAAGCUAACAAGAAAGAUGUUUUUGAAAAAAGAAAGAUGUUUACUUAUGUUUGAGAUGUUUUAAUGUUCCACCUCCCAGCACCAGCAUAUUAUAAAGAACCCCAUUCUUAUUUCCUUUUUUAGAUAUUUAUAUUUUCUACUUCUAUAUAUUCAACUGCACAAAUCCCAUGCAGGACACAGCUCUUACACUCAGGGCUCAGUCCUGCUCCAAUAGGAUGUAAUGUUAAUCCUGCUUAAGAGAAGAUAUUUUCCUAGAACACUGUCAGCAGGAUUCAGGUGAUCCAGACUGGAGCCAUUUAGAAUUAUAUAAAGAGCUCUUUGUGUCGACACCAAGACAUGUUUUACUAAGACCAGACAAAAUAUAUAAUACAUUAUUUUGGCCUCCUUCACAUUAUUCAAAGCACAUGCCUGAUUUUGCAGUGGCUAACACUUAAGGACCAGUUAUACGGGCUCAGAGAUAAUACUGUUUUCUGACAUGAAGGACCACAAACACAAAAACCUAUUGACACUAAAUAACACAGUGUUUGUUUGGGGUUUACCAAUGGGUUACCCAUGAUGGACCUUCAAAGGGAAUAUUGUUGAUCACUUGGUAUAACCCCAGGACUGUGGAAUCCUGGUCUGCAAAUGAGGAACGCCUUGCCUGUAGACACACAGCACAACAAUCCAAACCUGUUUCUUCCUGUAGCUGAACAAACAAAAUGCAAUAGAAAUGAAAUGUUUACCUUAUAGACUGAAGAAUAGAAUAUUUGUAAAGUGAUGUUCACUGUCUGUAUUAAAUUAUUAAAAAUAAUAAAAAAAGAUUGUACAGAUAAAUGUAUAUGUUACUUUGUUAGAGUGGUCUAUGUUUGCAUUAAAGAAUUUAAAAAAAUGGAGUUUCUGUUAAUUUAAUUGUUGGUGAGAGCAGUCCAGUCUGUAUCCAUGUCUUUUUUUCACAAUGUAUGUAAAGGUGAGCCUUGCCAAUGGUCAGAGACAGUAUGGUGGUUUACUGGUGUGUACUGUACACUGAGGCUAAGACCACAAAGCACAUUUAUUUUUGUGACUGAAGCUGGAUUUUAGCCCAGGCCACAAAAUCGAGUGAUUACCUGGUAAAAACUGUAUCCAGUAAAUUCUCAUUAAGACAAACUUGGAUUAAACAAUACUACAAAUGUCCUAUAUGGCCCCGGCCAAAUUUAACAGUGGCUUAUUGUAAAUGACUUCUUAUAAUACGAAUUCACUUAACACAAAUUUCCUGUUUGUGCAAAUCAUUCUGCAGGUUUCAAGUUGUAAUGUAUACUUUUUUAAAGUUCACUUACUGCUGUAUUUUUAAUAAAAUGCACAGUAAUUUUAAAUGUAUAAUACUGUUUAUUGUCCUGUAAUUGAAAUUUGAUUUCAGUGUUACUUUAACUUCAAUACACAUUGGCUCCUGAUAGUAAGAA